AUGAAUGAAAUUGACCCUUCAGCAAUUGACGCUUGGUUUGCCGAUGAAGGAGUGAUUUGUACUAGAGACGGAAAAAGUAAUACAUUGUCCAACACAUAUAUCGAUCUAUUUAAUGAAAUGUUAUCCAAAUACACAGAUUAUAUUAAAAUCUAUACGGAUGGAUCAACAAAGGAAUCAAACAAUGGAUGUGCGGUUAUAUUUAACGACACAGAGUUCCUACAUAAACUACCUACGGCAUACACAUCAUUUUCAUGCGAAGCCUAUGCUAUAAAUGAAGCAAUAAUAUCCGUACUUGACUCAAGACACGAUAAAGGAAUCAUCCUCAUGGAUUCAAAAUCUACACUAGAAAAUAUCUCCAACCUAAAAUCAAAUAAUCCAUUAAUCAUCCAAAUCCAAAACUCUCCAUACGACUGCUCACUUAGAAAUAAAGAAAUUAUGUUGGCAUGGAUACCAUCACACGUGGAGAUCGCUGGUAACAAAAUUGCAGAUGCAGCCGCAAAAACAGCUACCCAAUUGCCAAUAAUAAAUAAUACUCAAGUUCCACCAAAAGAUCUGAAUAAUUAUGGUUAUUUAACGUCUGGUUUCAUGGUAAACACGCCAGAAUGGGAAAAAACUCCACAAGUUACCGUUAAACCAGACGUACACUCAUGA